AUGCUUCCAUGGUUUGACGAUUUUGAUGUUUCUUUAUGUAGUUUUGUCGAUUCCGGUGUUCUUAAAGGCUUGUCAUUACAAUGGUUAUCCCUAUUGCCAACAUUGUUAAAGGUCCAUCAUG